AUGUCUGAGCAUGUUCUCUCGUCUACGGACAACCGCUCUUCGACACCUGAUUCUACCAGAUCACGAACUCCGAGCCACCGUGGUAGUCUCAAGAAAGUGAUCAAUAGGCUCCGAUCAAGCUCUCUGAUGGUAUCUUCUCCAUCACCAGCGCCAUUGACACCACCUACUCGCCCGCUGGUUCUCUCCGAUCUGACCAAGGCGUUCGUCGAUGCUUUGAACGCUACUCAGCUUUCCAACUUCUUGACUUGGAUGCUGUACUAUGACAUUGUGGCGCUAGCAGACGACCCAGAAGCGUGGUACAAGCCCAUCGAUGGUAUGGAGAUGCGUGGCUGGGUGACCUUGGGUAACUUUUUGUCCGCAGCACUCAAGACCAAGACUGGCUAUGGAUUCGACUUGAUCGUUCUCAACGCUAUCUGUGACCGCACCCGCAUCUCACGUACUUUGGUUCACGAGCUUUUGGUCAAGUUUGCAGACCCAGAUAGCAUGCGGUACAGCAUGGUUGCCAUGACGACUCAGAACGCACUUUUCCAAGGCUGUACACAGCUUGAAGUACUCGAGGCAGUGGAGGCCAAGCUGCGGGAGCUAAAGAAGCUGGUUUUGAACUUGCACCCGGAGCCUAACUCCCGAUAUGAUGAGUGGCAUGCAAUGAUUCAGAAGCGUAUCCGUGGCUUCCUCACUCUCGUUGUCGGCCCACGCAUUUUAGCCCUCCGGUCGGGGCGUCCCAUAAUCACUUCCACGACCAAUCAGGAUGUGCCCAAGGAGGUCCAGCAAGGUUUUCAGCUAUACUACUUCUACGAGGCACUGCAUCAGGAGCGCGAGGUCCCCCUAAAUCGCUACGGUAUCUACCCAGGCUCUCCUGAUCGAGACGUGAAUCCUUCUCUGUCACGGUCACUAGGCGGUGACGAAGAGACCGAGCGCGCUCGCCGACAUGCCAUCCAUCUUAUGGCCGAGAAUCAAAAGCUCCGCUCUACGAUCGCUGACCUAGAGCAAGACAAGGCAGAGCUGAUCGAUUCGAAUGAGAAACUAAGCCAGCAAAUUGGUACACUAGGCCGUGGACAGCCCGCAGAUUACUACCGCUUCACCUCUCCCUCCUCACCCUUCUACAAUGCACAAUCCGCCACACUGCCAACUCACGCGGCCCCAACAGUCACCGUCUCAGAAGAACCUCAGGAUCUUCAGAUUAUCCCAGCACCAUCUACCAUACGCCCCCGCUCCGUUCUCGCUGGCGCAGUCUCUACAGCUAGCACUUCUUCGCUCGCCCCUCCACUGAACAAAUACACGCAUAAGCGUAACUCGUCCACCGCUUCUUCGGCUCAAAACUACGACGAUGUUUUCUCUGGAUUCAAGGAUUCCUCGCUGCCUGAACUCCGCCUGAUGAGCCCGGAACUGGAUGAAGUCUCUUCUGCAGAGUCUGCGGUUCCAGCUACGCCUGAGAACCAAGAAUCGGUGACGGAGUAUGGAAGAGAGCGCUCGCGGUCGCUACCGACGCGGUAUAGGCGCCGUAGUGGGGGAUUUUUGGGUCGUGUGGCCGUGGGAUAUUUGGCCGGGGUAGGAGAGCAGCAGCGGGGGGAGGCUGUUGGUGAGGAUGGGGAGGAUUGGGAUGAAGAUGAGGAUGAGGGUCGGGAGAUUCCGCUUGUUGUUCCUUCCCCCCGUGGUAGUAGGCGCUUUGAUCUUCUUGAGUAG